AUGGCUCGUCGUCGUCAAGAAAUUGCCUUGCAAACUGAAAUUGAAACUCAAGAAGAAUGGAAUGAAAACAUCAAUAAAGAAGGUCUUACAGUCAUCGACAUUUAUCAACAGUGGGCAGGUCCAUGUAGAAGUGCCGAAGGAUAUUUCAAAAAGAUUAAAUCCGAAACCGAUGAACCAUUAUUACGAUUCGCUAUUUCCUAUGGUGGACCAUGUAAAGCACUGGAACCCAAAUUUCGAGCGAUUAAAAAUACGCUUGGCGAUCCACUUUUGGCUUUUGCUAUUGCCAAAGCGGAUACGAUCGAUUCACUGGAGAAAUAUCGUAACAAAUGCGAGCCGUGCUUUCUUUUCUACGCAAGCGGAGUUCUAGUUGAUUCAGUUAUAGGUGCCAAUGCACCUGCGUUACAACGAAAGAUUUCUUCUAAUUUGGAACAAGAAAAGAAAGUUUUGAAGGAAGGUGGUCAACGUAUUGAGCAUCGUGUACAAUAUGCAGAAGUAGAAGAGGAAGAUGACGAUGAUGCGGGUGGAGCGAAGCGUAAACGCAGUCCAUCGAUUGUCAAUGCCAUCGCAAGUCAUCAAUACACUUUGGCUACCAUUCGUCCGGAUGCUUAUGCAGACGGCAAGGUUGAUGAAAUCAUUCAAAAAAUUGUACCACAUGGUUUUCGAGUUUUAUUACAAGAAGAACAUAAUCUUACUGAACAUGAUGCUCGGCAAUUUCAUCGUCAUCGAAUGAACGAAGAAGGUUAUGAAGAUCAUAUAAAACAUAUGACAAGUGGCCCAUCAAUUGUCCUCCUAUUGCAAAAAACCGAUGCUAAGGAAGCUAGUUUGGACGAAUUCCGUGAACUCGUCAAUUCUGAUCAAUUAUUGAAAGAAACUGUCGAUUGCACACAAUCUGCAGACAAUGUUCAACAAGAUUUAAUGCUAUUGUUGCCAAAUGUGGCUCAAAAGCCGCAAUCGGCACGUGAGAAAGAAAUUGAAAGAACAUUAGCACUUGUACGACCGAGUGCAUUGAAGUUAUAUAAAGAUGCAAUAGUGAAACGAAUCCAAGAGAGUGGUUUCAGUGUUACACGUACUGCAGAAGUUCAAUUAACUCAAGCACAAGCAGAGCAAUUCUACGCAGAAAAGAAAAACGAGCCAUUCUACCAAGAUCUCAUCAAAGAAAUGACCAGUGGACCAUCAUUAGCGUUGUAUUUGACGAAGAAAGAUGCUAUACAAGGUUUUCGUACUUUACUUGGUCCAGCUGACAAGGCUCGUAUCAAAGAGGCAACUGGAACAUUUCGUCAUGAUUUCGAUAUUGUUGAUGCUAAAAUCAACUCGUUGCAUGCACCGGGAUCACGUACUGAAGUUAAUCGUAAUUUACAAUUCUUCUUUCCUGAGGAACGCAUAUUGGUUGUUCUAAAACCUGGUCUAACUGACCAGCAACGAGCGGAGAUUGUCGAUGCUUUUCGAAAAGCUCAUUUCUUUGUUAUGGCUCGCAAAACACUAACAUUGACACAAGAACAAGCGACAAAACUUCAACAUGCACAUCACGGCAAAGAAUACUAUGACGAACUCAUCCACUACAUGACUAGUGCACCAUCAGAGUUAUUAGUUUUAGUCAAAGAAGACGCAAGCAAAAGUUGGCACGAAGUUGUCGGACCAGAAGAACCCGCUAAAGCAUCGGAAACAGCACCAACCAGUCUCCGUGCUAUGUAUGGUAAAGAUCUUGUUCAUAACGCCGUCGAUAUUUCUCCAAAUGUCCAACAAGCGAAAGACGACAUUCAUAUGAUCUUUGGAGACUUAGACAAAGAAGAACACGCAUAA